CUUGGCUCGAGCCCCUGCGCGCUCGAGGCCGCCUCCUCCUCCGCGGCGCGCCCCCCAGAACCUGGGGCACCCCGCCAGACGCCCAUGGCGGACGACGACGACGACGACAUCGACGACAUCGACGACAUCGACGACUCCUGCUCCGGCGAGGACUCCGAGGAGGAGCGGCAGGCCGCGGGGCCGGCGGCCGGCGCGGGCGGCAAGCGCUCCUUCGCCGCGCAGCUGCGGGAGGAGCUGGAGAAGGCGCCGUUCGACCAGGAGCUCCACGCGGCUCUGAUCGGCGCCCACCGCGAGGCGGCGGACCUGGAGCGCCUGCGGGCCGCGCGGCGGCGGGCGGCCGCAGCCGUGGCCCUGCCGGAGGCGGCGUGGCUGGAGUGGCUGCAGGACGAGGCCCGCCUGGCGGGCGAGGCCGACUUCGAGGAGCUCGCCGCGCUGCACGCGCAGGCGUGCUCCCUGUGCCCCACAGCCCGGACCUGGCUGGCGCGCUGCGCGCUGCACCGGCAGCGCGCGGGCGCCCCGCCGGAGGCGGCGCGCGCCGUGUACGAGGAGGCGCUGGGCGUGCUGGGCCUCCACCCGGCGGAGGGCGCCGAGGUCUGGGCGGAGUUCCGGGACUUCGAGGAGGGCCUCAUGGCCUCGGCGGCCACGCCCGCGGAGCGCGCCCAGCAGGCGCAGCGCGUCCGCGCCCUCUUCAUGCGCCAGCUGGCGCUGCCGCUGCCCGGGGCUCCGCGCCUGCGGGACGCGCACGCCGCCUUCGAGGGCGGCCUGGAGGGCGAGUGCAAGAGCAAGAUGGCGCUGGCCAAGGCGGAGGCCGUUGCGUCGUCCGCGGCGAAGGAGUGGGAGCGGCGCGCAGCGCUCGAGCAGCGGUUCGCGGAGGCGUCGCGGCCGGCGAUGAUGGUGGGGCCCGCGGAGAGCACGCCGGCCUCCCCCGCGGAGGUGUCCGCCGAGCUGCUCGCGCUGGAGGAGGGCCUGGGCGACGCCGCGCGCGUGGCGCUAGCGCACCUGCGUGCCACGCAGUGCUCGCCACGCGACCCGGAGCGCUGGCAGCGCUUCGUGGACUUCACCGUCGGCACCCAGAGGGACCACCGCAGGGCCGCGGAGGUUCUGGAGCGCGCCGUGCGUCACUGCAGCGGCCACUCGGCCUUCUGGCCGCAGCUGCACCGCGAGCGGGAGGCUGCCGCCGGGUCCCUCGCGCAGCUGAAGGACGUGGUGCAGCGCGCCACGGCCGCGAUGCAGCACGCGCCCCCCCAGGACACGGCGGGCGAGGAGGGCGCCGAGGGCCCGGAGCACGCGCUGCUCUGCCAACACGCGGACGCGUGCCGGCGGGCGGCCGCGGCAUUGCCCAGGGGCGCCGACGCGGACGCGGCCUGUGCCGAGAUGCGUGCCGCCCUCGAGCGCGCGCUCGGCGUGGCGCACGUUCCAGGCCCCACGCUGCUUCGGUGGAUGCGCCUGGAGGCGUACGGCGCUGGCAGUGCGCAACACGCCCUCGAGGUGGGCAAGAGGCUCGCCAAGUGCUGGGGCGCGUACUACAACGUGUGGAGCUCCAUGAUUGCUGCCGUGCAAUACUGCGCGCGGGACGGCGCGUACGAAACCGUUCGCAGCCUGUACAUGGAUGCCCUGGCCCAAGUCGCCGACUAUCCCGACCAGGUGCAGUCAGACUAUGUGCAGUUCGAGCGCGAGUGCGGCACCCUGCAGUCCUGGCUCGAGGCCUGCGAUGCGCUCGAGCAGCGGCAGAGGUCGGCAGCGGCUGCGGCGGGCGGCGCGGUUCAGGCGGAGGCGUCUGGUGGGGCUGGCGCCGAGGCGCAGCCAGAGGCGCAGCCCCCGACGCGGCCCGCCGGGCAGAAGCGCGGCGCCGCCAAGGCGAAGGCGGCCCAGGCGAAGAAGAAGCAGCGCGGAGCGGCUGCCACAGAGGCGGCCGCAGCUGCCACGCUGGCCGGUGCCACGACAGCGUCGGCCGCGGCGGCGCCGGCCGUGGCUGCCCAGGCCCACGAGGCACCGCCGAAGGUCGGCGUGGCUCCCCCCGCAGCCUCCGGCUCGCCCCCGGCGCCGGGGAAGCUGCAGGCCGCCGUGCAGGCCGCCCAGGCCGCCGUGCUGGCCGCCAAGCAACAGAAGGCCGCCGCGCAGGCGGCCAAGGCGGCUGCUGCGGCUGCUCCGGCGGCCGCGCCCGCGGCGGCCGCAGCCGCGGCUGCCCCAGCGGGCGCCGGGCCCCCAGCGGCCACGGCCGAGGCCGAGGCCGCUCCGGCGGCCGGCACGGCGGCUGCGGCGGCCGCGCCCGCCGAGGCCGCCGCGGAGGAGGCGGCGCGCCCGGCCCCGGCGGCGGCCGGGGCCUCCGGGGAGGCGCCUGCCGCGGGGGCCUCGGCGGCCGCGGGAAGGGCGGCGGCAGCCGCGGCUGCCCCAGCGGGCGCGGGGGCCUCGGCUGCCAAGGCCGAGGCCGAUGGGCUCGCGGCCGGCGCCGGCGGGACCAGCGCGCCGGCCGCGGCUCCUGCGGCUGCUCCAGCGGCCGCGCCCUCAGCGGCGGCAGCCGUGGCUGCCCCAGCGGGCGCGGGGGCCUCGGCGGCCAAGGCCGAGGCCGAGGCCGCUCCUGCGACAGACGCCGCCCCGCACCAGGGGUCGCACUACCACCAGAGGCGCCUGGCGCAGGGCGCGGAGGCCCCCACGAAGCCGGAGGAGGAGGGCAAGCAGACGGUGUACGUGUCCAACCUGGAUUGGUCCGUCGACGAGGCCCAUCUGUACAGGAUCUUCGGCGACAUUGAGGGCCUGAAGGAAGUAAGGCUGGUGCGAGACUUCCUGAAGAGGUCCAAGGGCUAUGCGUACAUCGACUUCGAGCAGUCCAGAAAUGUCGACGAUGCCGUCAAGAAACUGGACGGGCACAUGGUUAACAAGCGGUUGAUGCGAGUGGCGCGCUCGUUGCCCACGAAGCCGUUGUUCGAGGAGCGCACUCUGUUUGUGAAGGGCAUCGGCACGGGGGCCACGGAGGCCGAGGUCAAGGACGCGUUUGCACGGCAGGGCGAGGUCAUCGGCAUACGGAUGCCCACAGACCCGGCCACCAAGGCGCACAAGGGCUACGCGUACGUCGAGUUCGCGACCGCCGAGAGCCUCGAGGCCGCGCUGAAGGCAGAAGCCCCAAAGAUCGGCGACCAGGCGGUGCUGGUGAGCCGCUCCAUCCCGAUGAAGGACCACCGCCACCAGACGGCAGGGAGCCGCAAAGACCUGCCGCAGCGCAGCAACCAGCGGCUGAUGCUGGAGCAGAAGCUGCAGCGCGAGGACCCCGCCAGGCAGUCUGCCAGGUGCCCCACGACCGUGUACGUCAAGGACCUCGCCUUCAAGACCGACGAGGCCGCGCUGCGCAGCCACUUCGCGCAGUGCGGGGAGGUGGUGCAGACGCUGGUGGUGCGCAACGCGCAGGGGCGCUCCCGCGGGUUCGGCUUCGUGGAGUUCCAGGACCCCGGCGGCGCACAGGGCGCGCUGAUGCUCUCGGACAGCGAGCUCCACGGGCGGAAGAUCGUGGUCAGUAGGAGCCAGAGAGAGAUCACGCAGAAGAAGGCCGCGCCGGCUGCCGAGGCGGCCACGCAGGAGGAGGUCAAGAAGGAGGCGCACCCCACGAGGGUGCCGCAGCCGAAGGCGGGCGCCAAGCGGAGGCUGGUGCUCGAAGAGGCAAAGGCCGCCGCGCCCGCCGCGGCCGAGCCCGCCGAGAAGAGGUCCAAGGUUGCUUUCCGAACGGUGCGGUCCGCCGCGGACGAGAAGGAGGCCGGCGCCAGCGAGGACGGGCCCCGGGAGGAGAAGGCAGACCAGCAGGCGCCCGUGCCCAUGUCGAACGCCGAUUUCCGCAAGCUGCUGCUCGGGUGACGCUGAGCGAGCAGGGUCUCUUGGCACGGAGCGCGUUGUCAUGGAGCGGCCACGACCACCCUCCGGCGCCUUGACUACCUCGGGGGACCACCCUCCCCGCACCUCCGUGCGGCUCCUCUGGCGGACGCCCCCGGCGGUCUCCAGUCUCCGCGCGCCGGGAGGCGUGGGAACGGCGGGCCCGGCGGCGCCGAUCGAAGCCUGCACGGAGCUCCGAGAGCUCCUCUGCUGCGCAGUCCCGCGCGAUC